UUGAUGAUUUGUCCACUAGGUGGCGGUGGCGCUCUGAACGCGCCUCCUCUCUCCUUCUGAGUCUGUCAACGAAGUAGAGCCGAAUGAGGAAGUGUUGAAGGGAUUUCUUUCACGUAUCUGUCGCUACCUUUUGACAGAUUUCGUGACUAGUGUGAUGGAGGGCGCAGAUCCAGGCCCAGCUGAUGGAGAGGAGCGAAUGGCAGAACUGCGGCCGAGGACACGGUCCAAUCCAGAGGGAGCGGAGGACAGACGGAGCAGUAACGGUGGUCUGAACAGUCCUCCACCCUCACAGCCUACUGUGGGAAGUCGAGUGGAAGGAGAAGGAGAAGCAGCCAGCACUGACAGUCCUCCAGGUUCCACCUCAACCAUCACCACUGCUAUUCCCACUCCCAUCGCUGCUGCAGCCACAACCACAGCAAGCAGCAUGUCCAGUUCAGUGCCUGCUUCACUGGCUGCUGCCAAAGAAAGACCCAAACCCAGCCAGCCCUCACUGGCAUCACAGAUUCCUCCAGUAACAGAACUCCAGUUACGAGCACCAAGAGUCAACUGCCCUGAGAAAGUCAUCAUUUGUUUGGAUUUGUCAGAAGAGAUGUCCCUGCAGAAGCUGGAGUCCUUCAAUGGGUCCAAGACAAAUGCCCUCAAUAUCUCCCAGAAGAUGAUCGAAAUGUUUGUGAGAACAAAGCACAAAAUAGACAAGAGGCACGAGUUCGCCUUGGUCGUGGUCAACGACGAUGCCUUGUGGCUAUCAGGCUUUACCUCUGACCCACGGGAGCUGUGUAGCUGUUUGUAUGAUCUCGAAACAAAUGUCUGUGAAUCUUUCAACCUGGAGGAUCUUCUCAAUGUAAUUCUCCAGAAGAUCGAACUUCCACUGAUGGACAACGUUCAGACGAUCCCACCGCCCUUCGUGGUCCGUACUCUCCUCAUUUACAGUCGGCACGCAGGCCAGCUGCAGUUUAACCCAUCAGACGCUGUCAGUAAAAUGCUACGCUCUCCGUACUUCUUCUUCGAUGUCAUUUACCUUCAUAAUGGCGCUGACGAGCAGAUGGAGGACAGCAGCUGGAGGGACACGUAUGAAUCUUUCUCGAAGUUGGACUCGAAGGGGAUGUGCUACCGUUUUGAAGUGUCACUGUGUGGCCCGGCCAUCGAGCUGCAUAACUGCAUGGCUAAGCUUCUGUGUCACCCGUUGCAGAGGCCCUUCCAGAGCCAUGCCUCCUACAGCCUGCUAGAGGGCGAUGAGCCGCCAGAGAUCGAGGCCACGGUGUAGAGCACCGCUCACUAACCCUGCUCCUGGAGAUCACACUGUGGAGCUUCAUCUGGAUAAUCAGUGUUCAUGAUGCACCAGAUCGGCCGUGUCGGAUUUGGGUUGGACGAGUUCUGUGACAAGGUGCAAGUAGAUCUCCAUGAACAGGAUUAAUGAAGGACUAUUUGACGAAGCUUCUUCUUCUAAGUUGUCUCCUAAGGAUGGACGUUUU